AUGGAGAUGGGAGAGGGGGGAGCCUUCGGGCGGUUGGAGGGAGAGGGGGAGGGCCUUCGGGCGUUGAGUACAAGCGGAAACCCCGGGUCGGGUGGGGGUCGAUGGCCUGUCGGGGCACUCGGGUGGGAGGAGGGGCUCGCAGGACGAAGAACAUCGGCGGCGGCGGGACCUUUUCGUCUGUUCACCAUUCCUGAUGUGGAACAUCGACUCGACGGUGCCGUCUUCAUGUAUGUGCUGAUCCGAGUCCACUCGGCUCCGCGCUCCGGCGCUCCGGCUGCGGAGAGCAAGGAGAUCGUGCGCGGCUACAAGUGGGCCGAGUACCAUGCGGACAUCUACGACAAAGUGUCGGGCGACAUGCAGAAGCAGGGCUGUGACUGUGAGUGUCUGGGCGGCGGGCGCAUCUCCCACCAGAGCCAGGACAAGAAGAUUCACGUGUACGGCUACUCCAUGGCCUAUGGUCCUGCCCAGCACGCCAUUUCAACUGAGAAAAUCAAAGCCAAGUAUCCCGACUACGAGGUUACCUGGGCUAACGAUGGCUACUGAGCACUCCCAGCCUGGGGCCUGCUACCUCCAGCAGCCAUGUCGGAGCCCCCGCCUUUGCCUGCACCCCUUUUGGGGCUAGCCCUGCCUGCUUCUGCGGCAGCCCCUGGUGACGUGCCGUCUGCCAGGCUUUGCAGACAGGCUAGCUUGACCACAGAAUUAAACGUGUUGCCACGCCUCCCAGUCUCUGAA